UCUUUGAUCGAAAAGGGUGUGGGUUAACUGCGCAUGUGCGUGACGAACCUCUGUCGGAAGCAAAGUCGGGUUUGUCCAAAGGUUUUACACGUCAAAAAGCGAGAAUAAAAGAGUCAUGUCAGGAUUUCUGGACGGGAUCCGGUGCGGAGACUGUGAGUGUAAUGUGGACUGGGGAGAGCGAAGAAACACAAUUGCCUCUAUAGCUGCUGGAGUCCUGUUUUUCACCGGCUGGUGGAUCAUCAUUGAUGCAGCAGUGAAAUACCCAGCAGAGGAUGAAUUUCAUCAUGCAUAUCACACCUGUGGAGUCAUCGCUACUGUGGCCUUUCUCAUGAUAAAUGCUGUUUCAAAUGGCCAAGUGAGAGGAGACAGCUACAGCGAAGGCUGCAUGGGACAGACAGGUGCUCGAGUGUGGCUCUUUAUCGGCUUCAUGCUGGCUUUUGGCUCCCUCAUCGCCUCCAUGUGGAUUCUCUUUGGAGGAUUUGUAGUGCCCCAGAAGCCCACUGUGUACCCUGGAAUUGCUGUUUUCUUCCAAAAUGCGUUCAUUUUCUUCGGGGGUUUGGUGUUCAAGUUUGGUCGUACAGAGGAUCUCUGGCAGUAAUGAACUCUGCGUGUCUCUUCAUGUCCACAGUUAUACACUCUUCUUUCUAUACUGUAUGCUUCAGUGGGUAUUCACUUUAUAUAUAAACUAUUUCCUUUUUUUUUUAGCCUUCAGAUUAACAUGUUUAAUUUAUCUGGUUUGCUGUAUAAAAGCUAAAUCAUAAUUAA